AUGGGCUACCAAGCAUUGGCGACGCCCAACGACGCCAAGAACUACGUCAACGAGGCGGGUCAGAUCGAGUGGGGCGCGAUCCCGCUCAACGCUGCCCUCGACAAGCUCAAGGCGACCCGCGAGGGUCUCUCGACCGCCGAGGCCGAGAAGCGCCUCAUCGAGCACGGCCCCAACGCCCUGCCCAAGAACGAGGUCAACCGCCUCAAGGUCUUCCUCGGCUUCAUGUGGAACCCGCUCUCGUGGGCCAUGGAGGUCGCUGCCAUCUUGUCGAUCGUCUUGCUCGACUACCCGGAUUUUGGCCUUAUUCUCGCGCUUCUGCUCUUGAACGCGUGCAUCGGCUACUUUGAGGAGAUGCAGGCUGGCGACGCU